AUGAGCGACCUGCUAAAGUCUCGCUGGGCUCCCAGCCCAAGCGAGCUUCAAGCCCAAGCCGCCGCUCCCUCCACAGCCCGGCCAAAACUCCCCCCAACAACCAGCACCAAACGCACACCAUCCCCCGUCCAGCGACCCUCUCGUCAAUCCUCCCCGCGCCCCUCCCCCUCCAACCAUCUCUCCCGCUUCAUGAAAAUCGUCGAGCGAUUAAAAUGGAAACUGCCCUACCUAGCCUACGGCUACCGCCUCGCCACUCUCGACCCUGCCACCAGCGACUUCGACGUCUCCCACGCCGAGAUCAUGUUCAAGCUCGAUUUCCACGAGUACUACUCCCUCCUCGAGCGCGCAAUUGUUCACCUCCUCAGCGUCUUCGGUAUCUCUGUGUCUUCUGCUUUCGCGCGCAAUCAUCUCGCCGCGUACGACUCCGCUCCGCUCUCGACGCACCGAUACCAUGCAAAUGUGUUGGAAGCGCUGCAGGAUGAGAACAGUCCCCUGCAUGCUGUGCUGGGACAGGGCGAGGUCCAUGAACAAUUGCAGCGGGCGAAGGAGUUGCGGAAUCGUUGGAAGACAGCAGAUCUGACCAAGGAAGAACUGGAGAGGGAGGAUAAGUGGGCUGCGAGACGGAAGGGGAAGGCUAUGCCUCUGGCGAGCUAUGAUAUCGAGAAGAUCCUCUCGGAUAUUUUCCAGGGGUUCGAUGAUGCGUAUUUAAUUGCGCAGGAGCAUGUGGUUGCGUGUGAUGGGGCGGUCAAGAUGGAUGUUGCAUUGCAUGGAGAGUCGGAUGCAGACUGGGAUUUCAUUGUCGAUGCAAUGGAUUGGGAGGCUGUUUGA